AUGCUCCUAUAUCGAAACUGGGUUGAUACGAAUGCUGCUGCUGGCACCAAUCUUGCUGGCGCUCGCAAUGCAGGUGGUGGCAGGGCGAAAGUGGGGCAGGUGCGGGAAAGGCAACAGAGAAGCGGCAACAGGCGAGCCGUACCCUCUUUCUCCCAUUCCCCCCUUUUCCCACAGGGAAAUAUGCUGAAAGGGGCGGUAGGGCGGAGGAGUGGGAGGAGCAGGGGAAGGGGCUCAGGUGAGAGAAAGGGGAAAGCAGGGGGUGCAGGAGAGGCGAGGGGGAAGGAGGUGAGGAGGGGAAGGGAGGACGGACUGCAGGCGGAGUGCAGGAGAACUCGUCUCGUUCCAGGCAGCAGGUGGAGUGCAGGAGAGGUGGGGGGAACGAGCGGGGGGGACAGGGAAGCAGGGGGAGUGCAAGAGGUGCGGGAUCUUGUGUUUGGGCUGAGGAUGGGGGAGGAUGGCUUUCAGGCUUCCUCUGAGGGGCUCAGCUACUCAUUCCGCCAAGUCAUCAACACCAUCACCCCUGAGACCUUCGCCCUCACCAGCGGUCCCUUACUACUGGCAUCCCCAUUCUGCUUCCCAAUUCUGCUGCUGCUUCCCCACCCCCCUUGCUCCCACCCACCCACUGCAGGUGGUUUCUACUCCUUCCGCCAAGUUAUCAACACCAUCAACCCUGGUACCUUCGCCCUCACCAGCAGUACAGCAGCGGCAGCAGGAGGAGGUUCGGCCGAAGCUGGAGGGUCAGGUUCGGAGGAGUCGCUCGGCGUGCGGUGCGUGGCGCCGGAUUGGCUCGGGUUUGGAGGCUCGGAUAAGCCCCAGGCGGACCAGAAGAGGUUCGGGUAUUCCCCGAGUGACUACGCUCGGGAACUGGGAAAUCUGGUGGCAACGAUGGGAUUGGAGGAUGUUUCGAUUGUGGCUCAGGGCUAUUUCUGUCUGCCCGCUGCUGAGUUUGUCCUUUCCAACCCUGCCCGGAUUCGCCACCUCAUAUUUAUCAACCCACCUAUCACACAGAAGCAUGCCAAGCUGCCCUCCUGCCUCUCAGCCUUCUCCAACUUUCUGCUUGGAGAGAUCUUCGCGCAGGAUCCCUUACGUGCCAGCGACUGUGUAUUGGAGGAGGCAGGGUGCUACCUGAUCGAUGAGGAGGAUGCAAUGGUGUACCGCCGGCCCUACCUAUCCAGUGGAGCACCGGGCUUUGCUCUUACAGCCAUCACCCGAGCGUUCCAGAAGGAUCUCAAGGCGUCCCUUCCUCUGGUCGCCAAGGCCCUCUCUGCCGUCUCUGCCCAGCCCUCCUCCUCACCCACAGUCAUCUGGGGAAUGAAGGACCGCUGGCAGUCCUUUGACGGGGUUCGAGAAGCGUGCAGAGCAGCAGGGGCCGUGCUUGUGACUCUAGACGAGGUGGGGCAUCAUGCACAGGAAGAUUAUGGAGAGGAGGUGGGGCGAGUGAUUCGAAACAUUCUCCGCCGCACGACAUGA